GACGGAGACGACGACGAUGGAGCGGUUCGGCGUGCUGGGCACGCGGCUGGGCCUGGACGGCGUCGGCAUCGGCGGAGGAGGAGGUGGAGGCGAGCUGCCGCCGGGGUUCCGGUUCCACCCGACGGACGAGGAGCUCAUCACCUACUACCUCCUCCGCAAGGCCGUCGACGGCAGCUUCUGCGGCCGCGCCAUCGCCGAGAUCGACCUCAACAAGUGCGAGCCAUGGGAGCUCCCAGACAAGGCGAAGAUGGGGGAGAAGGAGUGGUACUUCUACAGCCUCCGCGACCGCAAGUACCCGACGGGGCUGCGCACCAACCGCGCCACGGUGGCCGGGUACUGGAAGGCCACCGGCAAGGACCGCGAGAUCCGCAGCGGCCGCUCCGGCGCGCUGGUCGGCAUGAAGAAGACGCUCGUCUUCUACCGCGGCCGCGCACCCAAAGGACACAAGACGCACUGGGUCAUGCACGAGUUCCGCCUCGACGGCACCUACGCCUACCAUUUCCUCCCCACCUCCACAAGGGAUGAGUGGGUGAUCGCGAGGGUGUUCCAGAAGCCCGGCGAGGUCCCACCCGCCCGCAAGCAACACCACCGCCUCGGCGGCCUGAGCAGCGCCGGCGAGUCCUGCUUCUCGGACUCCACCUCGGCCUCCAUCGGCGGCGGCGGAGGCGCGUCGGCUUCAUCCGCGCCUCGCCCGCUGCCGCUCACGGUCACGGACGCCUCAUCGCUGUCGCUGUUUGCGGCCAAUGCCGCCGCCGACGGCGACACCAGCUCCUACUGCGGCGGCCACGGCGGUGGCGCCGCCAACACUGGCAACAAACUGGUCACCGGCCGUGAGCUCGUGCCCUGCUUCUCCACUAGCACCACCACCGGCGCCGCCCUGGAUGCCGCCGCGCUCGGCAUCGGGCAGCCGUACAACGCAGCAGUCCCGCCGCCGCUGGCCUUCGAGGCGCCGCCGCUGCCGACUCCGGCCUUCUUCCCGAACCUGCGUUCGUCCCUGCAGGUGCAGGACAACCACCUCCAGCUGCCACUGUUCCUCUCCGCAGGCGGAGGAGGCGGCCUGUCCGGGACGCUGGGUGGCGGGGCUCUCCACCACUGGCCCUUCGCCGGCAUGGAGGUCAAGGUCGAGGGCCGCUCCGCGCCGCCGCAGAUGGCCGUCGGCCCCGGCCAGCUCGAUGGCGCCUUCGGCUGGGGCUUCUAGCUGCCCCUGCUGCAUGCACACACCGCUACAUGGACAGGGAUCGAUCGAUAUGCCCCUACGUCCACAUGGUUGUGCUAAUCUAUCUAGCCUCGUACGGACUACGUAAUUAAUAACCAAUCAAUCAGUCGAUUAGUAGUAGUGAUUUGAUUUCUGCAUGCGUUGUCGUUAAUUAAGCUUGGUUAAUUAGCUGCUGGUAGUAAGUGUUAGGGUCGUCGUCGAUCUAUAUGUUGUAAUGUAGUGUAACAACUGUGGUUUAUCUCUCACUGCAGUAGCAGGAUGUGACUGACCGGCCGACCAUGGGUUGGUAAAAUCAGUCGAUCAUCAGUAGUAGUACGUACUCUAUGUUCUAGCUUAGCAGCAGCUUUGUUCGUGGAUUAGAUGUGUC